AUGUGCCAAUACAACAAGGCCAUUCUCUGGCUCCCCAGUAAGGAAGAGUUUGUCAUACAACACGACUUUAACACGGACCUGGAGUGCGUGGGGGUGCUGAGGCAGGAGUUUGACGAGAUCCAGAAGAGCGAACCAACCUCGCUAGAGUGCCCGACUGUAAAGGUCACCCACCUGAUCGACAAUCACGACACCGCGAGGCUCUGCACUGAAGCCGGCCCGAUGCAGCGCGAGCCACGGGAGACGGCGGUCGGAAACCGCGGCCGCGCUCGGGGUGGAGGCGCUGAUGACGUCAGCGUGAGGUCACAGGUGUCGGCGAGAAGCCACGCGAGGCUCAGCGAGCAGUGCGAGGGCGCCGGUGAUGCACUGCGCGAGCUGGUCGAGGACCUGCGCCGCUCGCUAGCUGUCUCGGACGCGCGCAACAUCGGCCUCGAGCUGCGCGCCCAGCAGCAGCUCGAGGAGCCCACCAUGGGCCGCUCAGCUGAGAGCGACGCGCCGUGCGAUGGCCACCGCCCGCUCCCACCUGCCGACGCCGCCGACGCUGCCGAUGCCGCCGACGCCGACUCGCAGCGCGGUGAGGCCAUCGAGGCCGAGACCAAUCGCUCCCUGAGCGAGGCGCAGCGCAACUUUGACGCGCUGAUCCGUGAGCUGCGCGCCAUCAGCGAGCCGCGCGCACCCUACCACCCUGAGCUCUCGCUGGAGGACGAGCUGGAGCGCACGCACGAGGCGUUGCGGCUCACGCAGUCGGACCUGGAGCGCUCGCGCGCGGCCGUGUGCGGCGCGCGCGGCACACUGCGCGGCAAGGAUCGCCAGGUGCUGCUGGCGCGCCAGGACCUGAUGGCCGCCGAGGCGGCCGCCGCCAGGACGCGGGAUGAGGUGAAGCUGCUGCAGAGCGAGCUGCAGGCGAGCCAGCACCAGCUGGAGAUGGAGCGGCUGGCGCACGGGCGCGCCGACCACCAGCUGGACUGGACUCGAGCCCAGCUGGCUGAGCGGCAGACGGCGCUGGAGGAGGGCCGCACCGCGCUGCGCAACCUCCAUCAGUCCAGACGGAAGCUGCUGGUGGAGCUGACCCAGACCCGCCACCUGCUGGUGACCGCUGUGUGUCGUGUCAAGGAGCUGGAGGUCACGGCGGGUCAGGUGCCGGCCCUGGAGAAACGCGUCUACGAGCUAGAGACGUUGCUGAAGCGCAGGUCAGUGCUGGCGCGCCCGCCAACACCAUCACGUCUGACUGUGGAGGGAUUCAGACAGUCCGCCAUGGUCUCGGAGAGCACAGACGACAAAGCCCCUCAGCAGUAUUUGUUUUCUGGAGCGAGUAACCAGGAAGGACUCUUGCGAGCAACGAGAGAUGGUGUUUCUGUCUGGCGAAGGUUUAUAAAUCGUAUGAUGAUUAAUUAGUGUUAUUUUCAUGUGCUGCAAUAUGUCCUUACU